AUGCAAGACACUGAUCUCACCAGCCAACAUGGUGCCAGAAUACAAGCAUUGGACGAAAAAAAUUGGGCAGAAGUUUUGUGGAGUGACAAGUCAACAUUUUCUAGUUUCAGCAAGCUCAUCAUAGCAGAGUUUGGAGAGAAUCAACAGAAAAAUGGCUUCCUGCUUGUGUUUCAAAAACAAUCAAGCACAGUCCAAGUUACAUGCAUUGGGCAUGCUUUUCUCGUCAAGG